AUGCUACAGGACGCCCGUUCAAGUGCAGACUGUGUUGCAUCAGACGACGAGCCACCCACUCUGAACGACGUCGUGUCGCGGAGGAAGUGGACGUCCGGUGAUCCACGUCGAGGCAGGCAGGGCCUGUGGAUGUAUGAAGGAUUGUACCCGGACGGCAAAUCAAAGUGGCUAUACCGUGGCCACCCCGAUGAAUGUCAACAACCUCGUAUAUUUGACGUUGUGGACCGCUACGAGGCCUACGUGGCUACUAAACCAGGCCAUCAUGGACAUCCCACUCUGUCCCUGGGCGACUUCAAAAAAGCUGACGUCAACUACAACCGCAAGAUUGGCGCUCGAUCUGGACUAAGUGGCAUCAUUUUUGAGGUCAAAGGUUCUUUCGGCGACCGAAGCAUCGACCGUUCCGUUUACAACAAAUCGUGCAUGCGCAACAGACCUGUGGGCAAGGACAAGAUGGCCUACAUAUGCGGCAUCCUCGACGACAACGGCCCUGGAGUGUACGUCAUUUACACCUCCGACUUGUCGCUCCUUGGGCUGGACAUGCUGCGGACGUGGCACCACCAACGCCACGGGCACUACACCAAUCCACCCGCCUGCACGACCACUCAGACAACCGACAAAAGCAUGCUCACCAACAUCGCACGCCACCGACGAGGCACCAAUACUCCACCACGAGAAGUGUGCUGCGGACGUGGCACCACCAACACCACGGGCACGGGCACGGGCACUACACCAAUCCACCCGCCUGCACGACCACUCAGACAACCGACAAAAGCAUGCUCGCCAACAUCGCACGCCACCGACGAGGCACCAACACUCCACCACGACAAGUGGUGGCAAAACAGCAAUCUCGAGAGACUGCCUUGGCAGAGGCCAGGAAUGGAGGACAUGGUAGUGCUGCGGACGUGGCACCACCAUCACCACGGGCACGGGCACUACACCAACCCACCCGCCUGCACGACCACUCAGACCACCGACAAAACCAUGCCCGCCAGCAUCGCACGACCAACACUCCAGCUCCAGAAGUGGUGGUAUAAACAAGAUUUUUGA